AUGUUGACGCCGACACAUAUAACGCUACGACUCUCCAGAAGAGCUUUGCGCAGCUCCUUGCCGAGGAUUGCUGCUGAGAAGCGAGCAUUCGCACGGGCUUCCCGCACCCUUGACACGUCCUACCCUCGGCUUCAACAGAACGACUCUUCGAGCUCUUCAUCAGGCUCCUCUUCAUCUAACAAGGCAUCUAGUAGCCCGAUAAGCAUAACAAACAUCCUCAUCGCAUCAGCAGCCAUCGUUAGCGUCACACCUUACGCUCUCGACCUCUACGGCAAAAUCACUGGCACCUCUCCUCCACCCUCCACUUCGAUCCCAGGUAAAGUCGAACCAUACACCCACAACCCCCUCCCUCUCAUCUCCUCCGCCUACUACCCAGACCCUUCCACCGCAUCAGCACACAAAUUUCUACAAAUCGGUCUUCCCGCUUCCACCUCCAAGCCCUCCCUCGCCUCCAAAUUCACCAAUCCCGAAGAUGACAUCCGCAAAAAACUCCGCAUUAGAAGCAUCUACAUCAAAGAACCUAGCCUAGUCAUCGAACGAGCCUACACUCCACUCUACGAUACACUCCCCGGAUCCUAUGCGGCUUCACUGGCCUCAGCAAGCUCAUCCGAUCGCAAGCUUCUGGAUCUGAUUGUAAAGAGAUACCCAGACGGCGAGUUGGGUCGGAUGUUGCAUCGUGCGGGGCCAAAUCCGACCGUACCGCAGUUAGAAGUGAGAGGUCCAGUUGACACUUGGUCUUUCGAACGUGAUUCGGCGCAUGGUGUGUUGCCAGUACCAGAGAGAAUUGUGAUCGUUGUGGGUGGAACGGGUGUUACGCCGGCUUAUCAGCUGUUGACCAAUCUAUUCGGUCGACCUGGUGCCGCUGGGGUAGGCUUAGGAAUCAAGGGAAACGCGCCGAAGGUGGAAGUUUUGUACGCGACGCAGGAUUUGGAGAAUGCUCUGUUGCUCCCGCAGUUGCAUGAGCUGGCGAGCACAAAUGGAGACAAGAUCAGUGUGAAGUUGUUCGCCGAAAGGCUACCAGGUGCGACAAAGUUGAGUAAGGCUGAUGCUGCAGCACUAGGUCAGCUCGUACCAGCGGCAACUGGGGGAAGUAGAGGCGAGUCAUGGAUUCCUUUCUUCAGCAAGCGGUCGAGUCGGGAUCCGAAGUUAGAACUCACAGCAGCACAGACAGCGGCGAAAAUUCCGGUCUACGAAUCGCGUAUUACCCAACAGCAUCUUUCUCAGAUCCUCACUCCGGCAGAGGGAAGCGGUAGAACACUGGUAUUGAUUAGCGGUCCCGAUGGAAUGGUAGAUGCUCUUGCCGGACCCAAGUCUCGAGAUGGUCAGUCUCAAGGACCUCUCGCUGGCGUUCUUGCUCGGAUUGGGCUAAAGCAGGAGGAUGUGUUCAAACUCUAA